AUGGAUCGCCGUAAGUUCUCACGAUCAGACAACCCUCUUAUAGAUGAGAUCCUACAGAAAUACCGGGAUUGCUCAACGGAGUCAAUGACUGGACCAAAGGGGUUGACCGCGAAUCGUUCCACCGUGAAGAAAUCGUGGAAUUCAACAGAUGACUACGCUAAACAUAACACGUAUGUUACGUCUAGUAGCGAGCAUUCAAGGCAGGCUGUCAUGAGCAAGACAUUUACAGUAAGGUUACCACCACCGAAGGGACAAGACAACUUUAACUUCAAAGAAACAAUCAUCGAUGGCGUUCCUUUAGCAUGCUUUAGUUCUGGCGGAGAAAAGCGUGUCUGCUACACUGAACUUGUUAAUAAAGUCCUGAAGGACUUUGACAGCAAAGAAAUUGACGCUAAUCGCGACCGUCUUCAGAUCUACUGCCCUCGUUGUUCGCCUCAACAGCUUGAAUUGUUCAAAUUAGCUGGAGUUUUACCGUGGUCGGCUUCAUCAGCGAGUUUUAUCUCCAAAACGGAUGCCUUCCGCUUAAUCGGUGUAUUAACCGCGAGCGAGGUCCCACGCAGACCAAGUCGCAUUUUCAAAGUUGACAGCUUAGAGGUGUAUCAUGAAUGUUUUGGAGGUUGCGUGGGUACACUGGAAAUCGACAAGUACACUGAUCCGUAUGCAAAAUGCAUAACAUGUUCUCAAUGCGACGGGAUAUUGUCCCCUCGGAGGUUUGUCAUACACAGUCAUUCCUCAGGUGAAAUUCAUACAUGUCACUGGGGAUUUGAUGACUCGAAAUGGCGUCUGUACUUGAUGCUCUGCAACGAACACCCUACCUUACACGUCCAGAAACUGUGGGAGAUGCUUAUGAAUAAAUUCUCGGACGGACAGCGAUGGAAAAGGGCUUCCCCCGCAAAUGAUCACGAAUCAGAUGGGAACGAGCGAAACGACGGCUCAAGUACUCCGAAAAGGGCGCGCAUGGGUGACUCGCGAGAAUCGCGAGAAAGUGAUAGCGAAGUUGGUGAUGGAACCUAUACUAACAAAAACAACAACAGCAGCAGCAGUAGCAGUUCGAACGUGGAAAUUGUAAGCAGACGUUCUGCAUUUAGACCAUGGUCUCCCUUGCAUAGCCGAGUAAAAAGUACUGAAAGCUCCAUCACCACUUCGACUCAAGGCAUGAUAGUAUGUAGUUCUCCAGCCCGUCUUUUCUCUCCUCAUACCAUCCCGUAUCUAGCGAGUGAUUCCCCGUACACCCCGCGCAAUGUUCUACCUUUUCAUCGCACCACUAUACACGGCGGGGACAUUAAAAAACCAGUUGCCAAUAAAGUAGAGUCACGACUUGGCUCACCGACUGCUUCAUAUACCGUCAGCGGAAUUCUCGCAACUCCAUCCGCUAAAGAUCCGAGAUCACUUGAAAAGACGGCAAAAGAAAUGCUAGAGGUUGUCGCUGAAAACGAACGAUGGCCUUCAGAAUAUGAGAAGUUCAGUGAUAGCCGCGAAGAAAGCAACGACAGCAAAAAUGCGCAGUUGGAGGAACAGAUAUUCAGAAAGCUAACGAGUUUAGCAAGCAACAAUGAUUACGACAAGCUCCCUUCACCAAGAGAAUUAAGUCGUUUAUUAGCCAAGGAAAUCAAGGAUAUAUAUUGCAAUCACGCCGAGGACAAAGUGAAAGAAUUGACCGACGCGCGAGACAAACUGCGAGUAGAGUUGGAGUCUCUGCAAAGGGAACACGCUAAAAAGAUGGAGGAAGUUUUGCAAGAGCUCAAAAGCGUACAAAAGGAAACGAGGAUGCGGCAAACGAGCCACAGGCUUGAAAUGGAAAGUUUGAACGAGAGAAACGUAAAAUUGCAGCUCGAAAUUAAGAGAUACAAAGCCGAAAAGGACGACAUAUUAUCUAUGACCUCAAAAGAGACUAUAAAUGUCUUACAGCAAGAUGUCAGAGACUUAUCCAAAAAGUUAGAGGACAAAGAUAAUUAUUGUAGAGAGUUAGAGAACGAAAUUAAGGGGUUCCACUCGUGGAUUAACAAUCAGAGACUACACAGUGCUGGUUCUCAUUUGAUUUACACAGUGAAUAGCAACCCCAGACUAGAAACCGAGUCUAUCAUUAGAGCACAGCACAUGCUGAAUGGAACUGCAACUGCUAGUUAUAUUCCACACAAAACCAAGAGUUCUAAUGGCUCCUUACAUAAUGAUAGUUCAGAAGAUGAAAAGUGA